AGGCUGAGCCGCCGACUGUCCGUGACUGCGGCGGGGCACGGGCCUCCGCUGGGACCCAGGAUGGGCCGGCUAUGGCUGGCCGUCUCCGUGCUCCUGUCCCUGGGCUGCGAGCCCGUGGCUGCCGGACCGUCAGACUUGCCCGGGGUGAGGCGGCACUGUCAGUCUGGAGCCUGCAACCCCCGCCUGGGCAACCUGGUGAUAGCCAGGCAGCUGAAGACCACCUCCACCUGCAGCAACCACUCCGCCGAGCUCUUCUGCUCCUACGCCGGCCCGGGCUGCGAGGCCGCCACCGAAUGCGGCAAGUGUAGCGCCGGCCGGAGCCGCCGCCACUCCCACCGGCCCGCCGCCAUGACCGACUCCUCGUUCCGCUUUCCCAGCACCUGGUGGCAGUCAGCUCAGGGGAGUCACAGGGAAACCAUCCAGUUGGACCUGGAGACCCAAUUCUACUUCACGCACCUCAUCAUGAUCUUCAAGUCCCCCCGGCCUGCUGCGAUGGUCCUGGAGAGAUCUCAAGACUUUGGUUUGACCUGGAAACCAUAUAAGUAUUUUGCCCGGAACUGCAGUGACACCUUUGGGCUGCCGGAUGACCUCCACUGGCUUGGGGCAGUUUGUACGUCCAGAUAUUCUGAUCCAUUCCCUUGUACCCGAGGAGAGGUUAUAUUCCGUGCCCUCUCUCCGCCGCACUCUGUGCAGGACCCAUACAGCCUUCAAGCUCAAGAAAUGUUGAAAGUCACCAACAUCCGUAUACGAAUGCUCAAGCGCCAGCCGUGUCCCUGCAUGACACGUGCGACCGGCCUCAAACCACAGACGUUUGCGCAUUAUGCAGUCCAUGACUUUAUCGCGAUGGGCAGCUGCUUCUGCAAUGGCCACGCUGAGCAAUGUGAGCCAGCCGAGGGCUUCACACCAGAGCAGGACAACACGCAGACCAUGAUCCAUGGCAGGUGUAUCUGUGAGCACAACACGAUGGGUGAGCACUGCGGGAGCUGUGCGCCCCUGUAUAACGAUCGGCCUUGGAGACCUGCAGACGGGAAGAAGGGAGUGGCGAACCAGUGCCAAAAAUGCAAUUGCAAUGGCCAUGCACAAAGCUGUCAUUUUGUGCAGCUUUCCAGUCUGUUUGAUUGCAGCCCGAGUGCAUGCAACUUCUCCAGUGCCUGCGCCCCCUCUGCGUGUGUGCAGCCUCUCAGGGUGAUUGCCGCUUCAGUGCACGCCGCUCCUCUGGAUAACUGCCCACGGCAGUCAGUCUCCAACCGGUCGCGACCUGCGGAUCACGCUUUCCCUUCCAACGUCAAGCCGCGGGCCCCGCCCCCUCCUGCGUCCGCCAAUGACUCGACCGCAUGA